AUGGACUACAAUAACAACAAUCCUUAUCUCCAGUUCGCGCCUGUUCCUCCGGCUACUAGAAAUGGACAUGGGACAAAUGGCAAUAGACCGAUGGGGAAGAUAUAUGAUGCUUUGAAUCGGUGUGGGAAAAGGGUUGAAGUUGCCACUAGGAAAGCAGAGGUUUAUGCUGAUAACAUCUGGCAUCAUUUCAAGGUUAGUCCUAGUCUCACCGAUGCUGCAAUGGCAAGGAUUGCUCAGGGGACAAAGGUACUCACUGAAGGAGGGCACGAUAAGGUAUUCCAGCAGACAUUUGAGGUCUUGCCUGGAGAGAAGCUCUUGAAUGCAUAUGCUUGCUAUGUAUCAACUUCUACAGGACCUGUUAUUGGGACACUAUAUAUAUCCACCAAAAAGGUGGCCUUUUGUAGCGAGUAUCCCUUCUGCUAUUAUUCUCCAACAGGACAGCAGCAAUGGAUGUAUUACAAGGUGGUGGUGCAGUUUGAUCGGUUGAGAGCAGUGAAUCCUUCUUCAAACAGAGUGAACCAAUCUGAAAAGUACAUCCAAAUUGUGACAACGGAUGGUCAUGAAUUCUGGUUCAUGGGGUUUAUAUCAUACGACAAGGCACUGAAGCAAUUGUGUGAGGCUUUGCAGCAGUGUCGCCGCUCUUCUGGGGUUAUCCCUGUGGAGCACAAUGCAUGA